GACAAUCCAUUACAUUCAAGGAGAAACUAUAUUAAAUCAGCCGGCUGAUCAUUGCCUGGUCAAUACUAAUGUCAUCGUUCUCUUGUUUCUUUCACAUGCCUCCAACCACAACAAAACAAGCCCUAAAAUACUUUCACUGUUUUGUAUCUAUAAAUAGAUAGAAACUAAGAUAUAUGGAAACCAAGUUGAGAAUAAGAUGAAGAAGGUUUCUCUUUAUGCUUGUUUACUACUCAGCGUGAGUUUUUUGGUUAUUUUUCCAUAUAGCAAAGCUAGUCAAACUGAUAAACUUGAUGAGUUUAUUCUUUCUAGAACCUCACAGAAUCCUCCUAAGACUCUUUCUUGGGAAGAGGAAGAUGCAUCUAAAACAGAUUCUUCUGCUCCUUAUGUUACGCCUCAAGAGGGGCUAAGGCAAGCUGACAAGAUUGACACAUUGCCUGGUCAACCAUAUGGAGUGAAUUUUGACCAAUAUUCAGGCUAUGUCACUGUUAAUCCUGAGGCUGGAAGAGAGCUUUUCUAUUAUUUUGUGGAGUCUCCAUAUAACUCUUCCACUAAACCUUUAGUUUUGUGGCUCAAUGGAGGACCUGGCUGUUCCUCACUGGGGUAUGGAGCCUUUCAGGAGCUAGGACCCUUCAGAAUCAACUCUGAUGGCAAAACACUAUACCGUAACCAAUAUGCUUGGACUGAAGUUGCAAAUGUACUAUUCUUAGAGUCUCCAGCAGGAGUGGGAUUUUCCUAUUCAAACACAACUUCUGACUAUGACAAGUCAGGAGAUAAAUCAACUGCCAAGGAUUCUUACGUCUUCCUAAUCAACUGGCUGGAGAGAUUUCCACAGUACAAAACAAGAGCUUUUUACAUAGCUGGAGAGAGUUAUGCUGGUCAUUAUGUUCCUCAACUUGCAUCGACUAUUCUUCACAACAAUAAACUCUAUAACAACACUGUUAUUAACCUCAAAGGCAUUUCUAUAGGGAAUGCUUGGAUUGAUGAUGCCACAAGUUUGAAGGGGUUAUUUGAUUACUUUUGGACUCAUGCUUUGAAUUCAGAUCAAACUCAUGAGUUGAUUGAGAAGUACUGUGACUUCACUGUUGACUUCACUAGUGGAAAUACUUCAGCAAUAUGCAACAAUGUAACAGAUAGGGCUUACACUGAGAAAGGAAAGAUAGAUUUCUAUAACAUCUACGCUCCAUUGUGUCACGACUCUUCUUUGAAAAAUGGUUCAACUGGUUAUGUAAGUAAUGAUUUUGACCCUUGUUCUGAUUACUAUGGCAUUGCCUAUUUAAAUAGACCAGAGGUUCAACAGGCUCUUCAUGCAAAACCUACAAAUUGGAGCUAUUGCAGUGAAAUUAAUUCUAAAUGGAAAGACAGUCCAAUUACCGUCCUACCUACCAUCAAGUAUCUCAUCGACAGUGGCAUUAAAUUAUGGAUAUACAGUGGUGAUACUGAUGGAAGAGUUCCAGUUACAUCUUCAAGAUAUUCAAUCAACACCCUAAAGCUCCCAAUCAACGAUGCUUGGCAUCCAUGGUAUUCUGGAAAAGAGAUUGGAGGGUAUGUGGUGGGAUACAAAGGAUUAACAUUUGUUACAGUAAGAGGAGCAGGACAUCUUGUUCCAAGCUGGCAACCCGAACGUGCUUUGACUUUGAUCUCAUCAUUCCUCUAUGGAAGCCUGCCUGCUUCUGUUUCACCAUCAAACUAAUUGUUUCUAAGCAUGAUUCACUUUUCAGAUUUACUUCCUUGAAAUGCACUUUGUGCAAAAUCUACUAGUUAGAUUGUAAUAAACAAAAUUCAGUUUGAACUUUCAACUAAAGAUUGUUGUUACAUAUCAAAUCUUGAAAUGCACUCUGUGCUAUGGCCAUAUUACUUGGGUUUGUGUAUGGCAAUAUUAUAGGCUCUCCCUCACUUGUUGUGAGAGUGUAUUGCUAGAACACCAACUAGUAACAGAAGAAAUAAAGAUGUAAAGGAUUUGAUCACUUCAAUAUUGUUUUAAGUAGAAAGCUGGAGUAAGUACUUCUUUCAGAAUUCAGAUACAAUAGUAACCGUCCUUAUAUGUAAAGUAUUGUAUAUUGGCUUCAAAUUUGGGUUUGGAAGAACAGAGAAAUCGUGACACGAUUUCAUCAACGUGUCACGAUUUCCCAGGCAGUGAGCAUGGUUUGCAGGGUGCUCAAUCGUGUCACGAGUUUGAGAAAACGUGACACGAUUUUCAAACUUGUUGGGUACGUUUUCAGGAUAAGGUUGGUCGUACAUUGAGAUGUACGCACCA